AUGUCAGAGACAGAAGACGGCGAUUUCACUUCGCUUCCCUUGCCCGAAAGGUUGAACCACAAACUAUGGAAAGCACGGAUGCAUGGUUACCAGGAGUUGAACAAUUCCUUCCAGAAAGCUUCUGUUAGGUCAAUUCAGCGCGAAGUUUCUCAGUACUGGACAAAUCCGGAUCUUUUCGCCCAAUAUAUCGUGGAUUCCAACGUUGUGGCACAAGAACAAGCCGUUGCGGCAUUGUUGAGUCUUCUGGAAUAUCUGUGUCAACUUCCUGAAACUCCGUCUUCAAACUCUCUACGGAUCACAUGGAUACCACCUCUGGCUGAAAAGGGACUGGGUUCUUCUAGGGCUGCUACAAAGCAAAAAGCCCAAGAAUGUAUCUUGACAUUAGUAUCAUUGGACGAUUCCAUCAGCGCAUCCAUUGAGCUUCUGGAACCAUUGCUGAAAAAUAAGCUACCGCGGCUUGUUGCGAGCUGUGUGGAAUGUAUGGCUCGAAUAGUGGAGUAUUUCGGGUUGCAACAGAUCACAAACUUAUCUAGCUUCCUUCCGCUUUUCUUGGAGCCCAUACCGCGUCUUUCCAGUCAUGCUGACAAAAAUGUCCGUUCACAAACCAUGGAUCUGGUUCUACAACUUUACAAAUGGCUGGGACGUGAUCUUUUGCAAGAAGUUCUUCUGGAAAGAUUGAAACCAAUUCAACAGCGCGACUUGGACAAAACGUUUCAACAAUACAACGACGAUAUCCCGCCAUCAUCUCAACCAAGGCAAUUCCAAUGGCAAAAACAAAUGGAAUAUGAGCAAUUGGAAACUGAUAAAGAUGGUGACACUUUAAUGGGGGGUGCCUUCAAGCAUGGUCAAAACAACGUUGAGAAAGAAAACAAUGGUCCAAAAGGUCCCACAAUUAACGCCUUUGAUCUUUUACCUGCAAGUUUGGUACUGGAAAAAUUUCCCAGCGACUUUAAUGACCGAAUCUCUUCCUCCAAGUGGAAAGACAGAGUUGAAUGCCUCGACGAAGUCCUCAACCAGAUCCUAAUGCCCGUCAAAAAGCUCGAGGCCAAGAAUCAAGACUAUAGUGAUUUUUUGAGAGCCUUGGCUCAGGUUAUAGAAAAAGACGCAAAUGUGCAGGCUGUAACCUUAGCAGCACAAUGUAUCCAGCAGUUGUGCUCAAAACUGUCCAGCAAUUUUAGCAAACAUUACGGUUCGCUAGUGCUGACUGCAUUAUUGGAAAGAUCUAAGGAGAAGAAACCGUCUGUCAACGAAAGCAUUUGCCAAGCUCUCAACCAGAUUUCCGAAUGUUGCGGUGUGGAUGCUUGCUUGGAAGAAACUUUACGUUUCAUGGCACACAAAACACCGCAGGUACGAAUGGAGAGUACAAAAUUCUUAACACGUCUUCUUAAAACGUGGAAGCCCGAAGCUCAUAACUCUAAUGACGAACUACUUAUAAAACUGGUUCCGGAUAUAUCUCAAGCGGCGCUUAAGAUUGUCGGUGACACGCAACCUGCCAUUCGUGAAACCGGGUACGAAUGUAUUGCAACGCUAAUGAAGCUCGUCGGUGAAAGAGAAGUUUCAGAUGUGGUUGACAAGCUUGACAACCUGAAAAAGAAAAAAGUCUACGAGCAUUUCGAAAAAGUACAAGUCGCUGGUGGACUACGCACGCAGCGACCACAAGACACGAUCAAAGAGAGAAAUCAUUUUCCAUCGCACACGCCAGAUAAUCAUCGCGGCAAGGCUCCAAUGAAAACAGGCCUGACGUCUCCAGGUUACGAUGGGGCUGCUAACUCCCUUCGCAAACCACUUUCUACGCUACCAUCCAAACGAGGGCCCUCUUCUCCCUUGAAGACAGGGAACAGGAUUGAACCUCAUCACAAUGGGCUACCCUCAGCUAAAUCAAGACUUACCACGCGUGCCUUGACCACCGACUCUCCGAUGACUUCCAGUAAAAACCAAGCUUUUAGCGUAGAAUUGGAAGAUCUGCGUGGUCAAAAGCAAAAGUGGCUCAAAGAGAGGCAGGAUUUCCUCAACACAAUAACUGAAUUCCAAAGUCGAUCUUCGCGGGUAAACUCGGAAAAAUCUUCGCUUCAAGAACAGCUUAGCGCUGCCCAGACGACCCUGCAUGAGCGAAAUCUAGAGUUGCGAUCUAAAGACAUGCAGAUAACGCGUCUCCAAGAUCGUGUCUCUGUUCUAGAAGCUGAACUGGAAGCAAAGACUACGCUACCUUCGUCGAACUAUGGGGUCAGAUCCGCCUUGUCAUUCGAUCCCCCCUCUGCACCACUUUCACAAGCACCACCUGGUACACCGCCUCCUAGAAGAGUAAUUUCAUCGUCCUCUAAUGGGCUAAGUUCACCGUCCGUAGAGAGCCAACGGGAAAGAGGCUUCAACAGUCGCGUAUCGAGUUUGAACAACAGGGUGAGGUCACCGAGUGAUUCAAGCGAUGAUCUCCGUAACAGAGUGAACUCGCUGCAGCUGAGAAAUGAAGCAAGUUCGGCAGAUCGGCAAUCUGGGAGUUCCAGCACCGACCAAUAUUCCAGCGUCAAUAGUAACUUUUUCAAUGACGAAAGUUGGAAACGCGCAGCAGAGGUUACAUCGCAACUUAAAGCACGAAUUGAGCGAAUGCGCGCCAAAACGCGGGACAUGGGUAAUUUGUGA